AUGACCAUCCCAACACCAACAAGAUCACUCGCACUGUUCCUCGCAUCCAUCCUUCUCAUCCUCGCCUCCACCUCCAACGCUCAAGUAGCCUCCGCUUUCGCAGGAACAUCCUUCCCCCUCUCCUCCUACACUGUCAGCAACACCUUCACACCUGUCACCACUUACGCACAGGCACAAGGUGGAAACCCAACCGUGAUCGGCGGUCCUGGUCCUUCCCCCGCCACAUCCUCUUACCAGUAUAACUACACCAUCCCCACAGCCACCGUUCCGCCCAUCUUCCCCUCAGGCGUUUACCAAAGCUUGGCAUCAGCAGGAAAAUACAACACCGCAACCGAUGCAAAGGGUUUGGCACCAAACCCGGCAAAUCUGCAAAUCGCAAACAGCGCUCCGGACGCUUUCAACUACGCAGCGGCAAAGGCGAUCUUUAUUACCAUUGCGGCGGCGGCGAUUGUUGUGGUGAUGCUCUAA